AUGAAUAAGAAUCCGAUUUCAGUAUUGCAAGAAUUCUUGCAAAAAAAUUGCUAUCCCUUGCCGAGAUACGAUAUCAUCGCUACGUCUUCGGUAAACUUCACCUACCGAGUAAUGUGUGAAAUCCGGAGUCAUCGUUUUUCGGCUACUGGGCAAUCAAAAAAUAAACAGACAGCGAAAUUUAAUGCUGCUGAAAAUUUGAUCAUCCAAUUGAAAAGUAAAAACUUCAAUAUUUUUUACGAACCAGAAAAUAUUGAAUCUCCGGAGAACAACUCACAUUCCUCAACGCUAAAUGGAGUAAAUUUCAUCGGGAAAUUACAAGAACAAUGCUUGAAGCAUAGGUAUGUCAUGCCGUGUUACAGCGAGGGAGUUUAUUCUCAAGGUCACACCGACUUUAAGAUGACUUGCACCGUGGGUACUUAUUGCGUAGAAGGUACGUCUAACGGCAAGAAAAAACAAGCUAAGUAUGCUUGCGCCAAAAAAAUGAUAGAAGAUUUGGAAAAUAUGUCCGAGACGCAAAAACUUCAAUAUAACAUACGCGACAAUUCAGUCCCAUGUGUCACUAAGUCUAGUAAAGAUGAAAUGAAUACCAAUACCUGCGUUUCAAAAGAAUUAUCAAUAGAUUCUCCGGAAAAAACUAGCCAUGUAAUUAAGAAAGCUUUGACGUUAUUCCCAAAGUUGUCUAAAGCUUAUACAUUAAGUGGUGAUUCGGCGAAAAUAAAAUUGUCAACGUAUCAUACUCAUUUUAAAAGCUCCCUUGAUAAUUCGCAGUUAGCAAAAUUUUUUGAAUUUUAUCAAACUUUAAAUUUACACCAAAUUCAGAAUGACAUAUCAAAGCUAUCAUCAGCAUUGCAUGAAAUAUGUACUAUUUUAAAAAUUAACAAGCAAGAGUCUGUUGUAAAGACUGUAGAUGAUGCCAAUUAUGGUGUCGUUAUUACACUCACAACUAAUCCUGAAUUUUCGGACGUUGCAGUAGCUGAUAACUUUCUUGAGGCGAGGCUUAACGUCCAUUAUCGUAUGAUACGAACUAUUUUCUAUCUGUUAAUAUAA